CGACGCGACGAAAUUAAAAUCAACGGGUGUAACUCGCGUUUCCAAGCCGACGACAAUCAAUAUACCCACUCUUCUGUGCGAAAUUACUUGACAACCCGCCUCGCAUACAAUGGCGAAAGAACGCGGCUAUAACCCUGUGCAAGCUCAGCGCAAGGCGGACAAGGCCAAAGCUAUCAAAAAAGGCAAGUCCGAACAGCAAACACGGAGGAACGAAAAGCUCGCCCAGCGCAACCCCGCCAGAAUACAACAGCAGAUCGACGAUCUCAAGGCUUUGAAGGAGGGAGGAGGGAAGAUCACUGCGCACGAAGAGCAAGCACUCGAGGCUCUCGAGAAGGACCUAAAGGCAGUCAAGAAAGCAAGAGAGGCCCUAGGAGAUAAAGCACCACAGUUUGGACGUGGCCCGCCGAGGCAAGGGCAGAGGGGUGAUGGUGUAUUAGGGAAAAGGAGACGCGACGCUGAAGACGCGUCCAGCAGUGACAGCGAUGUGCCCGACGACGUCAGGAGAAUACCUAUGCCACGAGAUACACCGCCACCGAUCCCCAAAGAGAUCUUGGACGAAUGGUAUGCGAAGCGCCGAGCAAAGAGAAAUGCGGAACGAGCCUCAGAGGCAGAACAACGACAGGAAUCCGAGAAGCCCGCUGCGCCCGCCGUCGAGGUCAAGACAGUAUACGAGGCCCAGCCCGUGGUCAGAGACUUGCGGAAGGAAGCCGUGAGCGCAUUCAUGCCGGCGGCUGUUCGGAUGAAGAUCGAAAAGGGCAAGGGGCAAGGCGGUCUCUUGGAACCGGAAGAAGCCGAUCAGCUGGAGAGAGAAGGCUAUAUGCGCAGCCUGGAACCAGCGCGGCCUCAAACCGAGCAGAUGGAGACCGAACAGGGCGCCGGUCCCCUCCGGGUGACUAUGGAAGAGGUCGCGGAUGAGGAAGCUUGAGCCAGCUACAUCGUGCGCCUUGUGGCGCGUUGGGGACUGGCAAGGCCAAACACACUAGAUUGGAUCUUGUGACUCGUUGUGCUCGGCGUUGUUUAUCCUACU